AACGUGUUCCUUUCCUCGGGCAGGCCCCCGAGUGUAGAGGAGCUGCUUCGAGAGGCGCAGCUCAAUCUCCAGAGCCUGUUGCAAGUUCAGGAGUCCAUGGGGGGAAAAAGGACAGAGGCAGAAGCGGGACAAUGGUCAAACCGUUCACCAAGAGAGCUGGGUGAAAGACUCCCUCUGCGUGGGCUCACAAACCUUCUAGACCGUCUCUUGCCACAUCACCCAAGCCUUUGGAAUCCUCACACCCAAAGACAAUGGAAUGGAGGCAGCUGCAGGGUCUCCCCCACAGGGCUUCACUCACUCUGCACUUGUCUUAACCUUGGCCGCGUGGCUCCUGGAGAGCUAGUUAUACUGCCUCAUCAAAGGAAGCCCAAUACACAGCACCCAGAGCUCUCCUCGUCCCCCAAAUCCCAGCCCCGCAUCUUGGAGUAUACAGACGAGCACCCUGUACACAAAGCUGGGUCCACACGCCCCAGAAAAACAGCCUAGUUGCAGUGCCGGAGCAGUCAGAUUGCAUGCACCAGGCAGAGUGAGAAAACCCAGACUUUGGAAUCAGACAGACCUAGAAACUCAUUCUAAUCCCACGCCUAACCAGCCGUGGGACACUGUGCGGAUUACCCAACCUUCCGAAGCUUCAGAUCAAUCUUUCAAAUCAGAUUCCAAUUCCCCACGUGGCAAAGUUUUGUGAGAAGUAAAAACGGUAUGUAACCUGUUUGGCAAGAGUAUCUUGCAGCUGAAGAGACCCCGGUAAGAUGCAACGUCCACUCCCAGUAGUGUCCUGUGGAACGCAGGGCGGGGCUGGGUAUGAUACUAAAGUUACCAUGAAAGAAAUGACAGUACGUCCCUGAUAAGACCUUGCAAUAUGAAAACCAUACUCGUGGAUCAGAGGGAUUUAGCCAAUGCGAGUGGCAAAAAGAUUAAACGUCAGUGCUGUGCGACAGGCUACGGGGGUGUUACAGUCUCUGGAUGUAGGUUACAAUGGACAUGGAUAUGGCAAAAUUCACCAAGCUGUGCACUUAAGAUUUUCGUACCUUAGUGUAGAAGAAUAUGAGGAACAGUACUCGGAGGCCAGACUCCUGGGGCAGACCUUCCGCUCUGCUGAUGAGGCCCCUGAGUCCACCAAUAGCCCAAGGCCCCAGGCUGGCAGGCGUCUGGAGUUUGUGUUGAUGCCUACAAAUCGGCAGCUGAGCGAGGAUGAGACUACCACCCAGGGUGUGAGGGCCCCUGAGGCCUCCCUGAGCCUGUCUACCACAGCCGACAAGCAAGCUGCCUGGAAUAGCCCCUUCCCUCUGCCCAUCCUAGAGGAGAAACGGUGGCUUCAACCUUGCUCCACGCACUCUGACAUUGUGCCCAUCAACAUCUCUGGGCAGCAGUUUGAUAAACAUGCAAGUUUGCGACACUCCUUGUUUAACACGGAGACAGCCGUGAACCCCAAAUCCACCCUGAGGCGGAGGCGGACCAUUAUUGGAUUCUCUAACUUUUCACAGCGAGACCAAGGUCACAGCAACAGCCCAUCAGGCAGUGUGGCCCACUCUGCCACCUCCGACAUCAGGCUCAGUCGUUCAGUCCCAGAAGAUGUCCAUGGAAGAGUUGCAGUUGGUCAGGAAGCUCGUUUCCCAAAUCUCACUUCAUCGGUACUGAGGAGUCCUUCGAGUGAUCCAGAAGAAGUUCUCCAGGCGCGUCGUGGUGCACACCCUCCUGGCAUGGAGAGCAUAGGAAUGGUGUAUAGCAUCACCAGUUCUUGCAAUGGACCAACGGAGUCGAUGUUCUCUGCUUCCUGGAAGGGAGAUACUUUUACCUACAUGACUCCAAGUGCCACCAGUCAGAGCACUCAAGUCAUUGAAAAUGGAAAAAAUCCUUCCUCUGGGAAUGCUUGGGUCUCUCUGCACACACUGCCACCUCUAGUUCCUAAGGAGACUGCUACCCUCGUUGUCACUCGUGAUAACCCAGCAGGAUGCAGUGGGUCAGCAGGCUACUCUGAGCACCCUACUCAACAAAUGCAGGCAGUGGAACGACCCUCCAGGAUUGGCCUUCUCACUAGUGGUAUCUCACAGCUGGAGACAGGCCCAGAUGGGGCCAGCAGGUUCCGGGAGCGGUCACUGUCUGUGCCCACAGACUCAGGCACCACAGAGUUGGAUUAUGAGGAGGAACAGAAGGCCAGCGAAGCCUGUGCCCUUCCUUAUGACCGUACAGGUUCUGAGGGCAGUAACAGUGCUGACAACAUUGCCUCUCAUAGGGCCCAACAGGAGGCCCAGCACAGAAGGCAGAGGUCCAAGAGUAUCUCACUCAGGAAGGCCAAGAAGAAGCCUUCCCCACCAAUGCGCAGUGUCUCACUGGUCAAAGAUGAGCCAGUCCUCUUGCCAGAAGGUGGGUCAGCCCUACCCAAGGAACAGAGGCCCAGGAGCCUUUGCCUCUCCUUGGAACACCAGGGACGUCACUCAUCCCACCAGGAUGGUCGGGGUCACCCAGCUGUGCCAACCUUCAAAGAUCCAGAAGGCACACAAUUCUCCCACCACUGGUACCUUACUGACUGGAAGUCUGGUGACACUUGCCAAUCCUUGUCCAGCUCCAGCACUGCCACAGGCACCACAGUCAUUGAGUGCACCCAAGCUCAGGGCAGCUCAGAGUCUCUUGCCUCCCCUUCCACAUCCAGAGCCACGACACCUUCCCAGCUCUCCAUCGAGGUGGAGGCCAGGGAAGUAUCCUCCCCAGGAAGGCCUACUGGGCUGAUGUCACCCUCCAGUGGAUACUCCAGCCAGUCAGAGACACCAACCCCCACAGUCUCCAUGUCCUUGACCCUGGGCCACUUGCCCCCUCCAAGUGGCAGUGUCCGGGUGCGUCCAGUGGUGCCUGAGAGGAAGUCAUCACUACCCCCGACAUCACCCAUGGAGAAAAUGUCCAAGUCAUGGCUGUCGUUUGACCUACCAUUGACCUCAUCAACUAACCUGGAUCUGUCUGGGAUGAGUAUCUCUAUCCGAAGUAAAACCAAGGUGAGCCGGCAUCACUCAGAUACAAAUUUUGGGGCCAAGCUGGCCCAGAAAAUGAGCCCCAACCAACCAGUUAUGCCCAUGGUUACUCAGUCUGACCUACGUUCCAUUCGCCUGAGGUCAGUCAGCAAGUCUGAGCCAGAAGAUGACAUCGAGAGCCCUGACUAUGCUGAGGAAGCAGGAGCAGAAGUCUUCACCUUGCCAGAGAGAAAAAUGAAACCUCCCAUAGCUGAGAAGCCCCCCGUGGCCCGAAGGCCUCCAAGCUUGGUGCACAAGCCACCAUCUGUCCCCCGGGAGUACCCGCUAACUUCACCUACCUUGGCUACAACCCCCAAGAGCUCCAUUCAACACAUGAGGCCAUUCCCUCCAGACGUCUACACCGCGGUGCGGAAACCAAAGUCCUCCAGCCCUGAGGGCAGAAGCCCAGGGGAGUCAACAGCACCCUCAUCUUUUGUUUUCACCCCUUUCGCUGGUUCCUCUGGUGCCUUCUUCUCAGGAACACAGCAACCUCCCCAGGGAAAUAUGGAGGAUGGAGGCCCUAAGGUGAGAGCCCUGCCUGAAAGAAUUAGCCUCCAGAGCGAGGAAGAAGCAGAGAAAAAGAAAGGCAAGAUCCCACCUCCUGUCCCAAAAAAGCCCAGCGUGCUGUACCUGCCUUUCACAUCACCCACAGCUCAAAUGGAUGUGUACGGGACAGAACCAAGGCUGUCGCUCAGCCCCAUCAUCACCCUGCAGGAAGAAGCCAGGUAUCCCCCGACCAGUGACCACCUGCAAUCACCUGGUACAAGGACAACUUCAACACCAGAGGCUGAAGGUGGAAGGGAAGCAAGUCCUCUAGGGAGUUCUACGGAAGCAAGCACUGAAGAAAAAAGUGUAAUCAGUGAUAAAACAGCUGAAUGGAUUGCCGAAGAGGACGAUGACGUGUUUGUGGCUUCACGCACAACUGAAGAUUUGUUUACUGUGAUACACAGGUCCAAGAGAAAGCUGCUUGGCUGGAAAGAGCCUGGUGAGGCCUUUGCUGGCGGCAGCAGACCAAGCUCCCAUUCCCCAAUAAAGAACACAGCUGAUUCUCCCAUCAGUGAGUCAGCUGCUUCUGCAGGGUCAAGCGGCAGUGCUAACCUAGAUGCUGGCAGAAACGAUGAUUUCAAGGCCUUGCUACAGAAGAAGGGGAGCAAGGCAACUCCAAGGUCCCGCCCUUCAGCAGCCGAACUGCUGAAGACCACUAACCCACUGGCUCGGAGAAUUAUUGCCCAAUUUUCAAAAGACUAUGAAACCACCAGUGACCCCAGUACUUAAGUCCCGGGUUCAGCAAACAGGGUUUAGUUACUAAACUUGAGUAGACGAAGGGAAAGAGAAAGGGUUUUAAAAAGGAAUCAUGGAAGUAACAGAAGAGCCUACAUUUCUUUUACAUUAACUCACACUCUGGACAGCAGGAGAGAGGCCACUUUAUCUGGAACUAAACCAUCGGGCACUUUAAUCAUCUUCAGACAUUUUACAUUUUCAUACUUACAAUCUUGCCAUUACCCAAUUACCAAUUUUCUCCUUAUCUCCCCCCAGUGUUGUGCCCUGAGAAGAAAUUCUCAGAUGCAAGGGCACAUGUGCCACCUUUUCAAUCAAUGACCAGGCUGCCCCAUCCCUGACUACUGUCACUGAGGGGCACAGUAUGAGAGCGGAUUGGGGACUGCCAAGACUGGGGAUCAUAGGGUGCCAUUGCUGACUAUUCACUUUCCUGGCAAGGCAUUGAUUGAUGGCCCUGCCUGGAGAAAAGACUCUGGUGCCUCUCCAUCCACACUUAAACUCCACCCACCAGAGAGGUUUGUGGGUGUGCCCUUAUUUCAGUAUGGGGUUGAUUGGAUGGCUUUUGUCAUGCAAACUAUGAGUGUGACUCUGUCUUGAAAUUCACGCCUUUUGCAGUUUGAUUGUCUACACGGAGAUCAGGGUGAUGAGUUUCAAUAAACAUGUAGACCCUACCCCCUCCUCCCCGCCCAGCUACAAAAAGUCAGGACUGGGUUGCUCUGGAUGAACCAAGUUCAGCCAAUAACAAACGAGGCAGCCAACUGUUCACUCAGAUCUGACCAAGGUAACUUGCACAUGCGCCUUGAGAUUCUUCAAGUGUCUGUCAACAAUGACAGCUAGGAUCAGUGCCCGGCUCAUGCUGCAUUCUAAGAACUCUUGUUUAAUUUGCAUAUAAUCUUCAUUACAGGAAGUAAUUAGCUGAAGGAAUAACAUCAUCAAAGGAGGAGAGAAAGUAAGUGUAACUUGUCCACCUCCAUUCAGUUUAGAUUGUGGUUUGUGGUUGCUUUUGUUUAAAGGAAGGCUUACUCUGUUCCCAAACCAAGAAUAUAUGGACUAAAAAGGAUAUAUCCAAAACCUAAAAGGCAGCCUUGCAAGUGGCUGUGGCUCAUAACACACAGACACACAGACACACAGACACACACACAAACACACACACACACACACACACAAAGGGCUACUUUUUGCCAUUUAGGUUCCACUGCAUGACCAACUUUCUAUUAACUAUUCUGGGGAGAGUGUAGGCACUAGGGGGAAAUGGGAUACUGACAGAACCCCAGAGCAAUCAUUAUGACCCCCCCACAAGCUUAUAGGCACUAACUAUUCUUGUCAGUUCAGUUUUCUAAGCAGAGCAAGAGCAGUGAUUAAUUUGAUUUUCAUAUGUCUGGUUUGGGGGAGGCUGGGGGGAAAAACCAGACAACAUUUUGAACAAAAACUGGCUGACCAAUAACGGAGGGUUGAUGGUCCACCUUCCUGAGAAGGGAAAAGAAAAGUCAAAUGAAAUUGAAGCCUGCUUCCUGGACCCUUCCCUCCUUCACUGCCAACCCCUCCCCCCACCAACCCAACAGCUUCAUUGGCCAAGCUCCUGGAGGAUGCAGAAACUGCCCCAGAAACAAGCAGAUCCUGAUUUUGAUAGGUCGCAUCACUCACCAAUGAGAAGCAAGCUCUUAGCUCCACUGCCCACAUUCCUGCAGACCAGACCUAGCAGCUGAAAAACUACACUGAGAGCUGAGAAGACUUGGGACUCUCACUUAGAGGUCUUAAGCCUAGGCACUUGGUUGGUACAGGUCUGAAUUCUAGACUUCUGAGUGCAGGCCAGGUUCACCAACUUCUUUGCAAUCAGCACUUCCUCCUGAUUUAGACACAGGCCACUUAAAAUAAUAAACAGCAAGAACCCAGUUGUUUUCAAAAGCAUUCAAACUAUUUAGUUUGAAGGUCCUGAUCAAAUUUCAGGGAUUUUACCUGAAAUAAAAUAGAUUCAUUCCUGGCCUGAAUUUAUAUCCAAAUGCCACACUUGUCUGCCCCAGACUCAGAAUACCAAAAGACAGAAACAUUUUUCCUCUGUAGGGAAAUGAAGGGGUGCUCAUGCUUUAGCCUAACAAAAGUGAGAGGGUGUCAGGGCCUUCUCCUUGAGAACCACUUUGAACAGCUGACCUCCGAAGCCAAAUGCGAGACUCGCAUAGUACAGGAUGUAUUACUUCUGCUGGGUUUUCUGGAAGCUUCUUGUUUGCUACUUCUAGUGGGUUUCACCUUUCCCCUCACCUUGCUAUCCCUGGUGGUUUUCCCAAAAUAUUCUAAAGCUGGAUGCCCAGACACCUUUAUGUUUUGCCAUCACCUUGAGUCUGACUUUCCUCUACAAUAGUCUGUGUAACUGGAAUUUAUAUAACAUCUGCAUCAUUACUAUGGCCCUCAAAUGGCCAGUGGUGUUUCCAUUAGCACAAAAGGAUUUGGGGCAGAGAUAUUAUGAUCAGGGGUAAUAUUGAGGGCUAGAAAUAUUCCUUUAAUAUUUUGCAACAGGUGGACCUAAUCCCGGGCAAACAACCAGACUGUAGAAUUUGUUAGUCACUGAUGACUAGAACACCAAGCAUCUUUCCUUCUCCUAACUCUUAACCCCUCUUGUCCCUGUGAAUAUAACACCAACUCUCCCACCAAGGCACACAGCACAAUGUUUGCUGCCCUCUGCACUGGACUGUUAAGACCGGAGAAGAGAGGCUGACAGCCCAUCCAUGCAGGCUUUCAGAGAUCCUAGUACUGCCACAUUUGCUAGUGAAAAUAAUAAUGAUCACAAUUUUUGAAGGAGGAAGAGGUUCAAGUAAAAUGAAGUUGGCCGCAGGAGGUCAGCUUCCAGUUCAAAUUGUUUCUAUCCUUUUGUUUGCUCUGAUUCCAGCCAUAGCCACAGGUGACUCUGCUGGACUACCCUCAACGGAGUCAUGGGUAGAGGGAGUCAUCCCAGGAGAGGUCAAUGGGUAGCAAAGAGUGCUUUGCUCUUGGUAGGCAUUCAUUACAUAUUUAUGGUUCAAAUGUUGAGAGUAGAGAGCAAACCAUUCUUGGUACAGCAGGAAGCCUUGCUUGUGUCUCCUCUCCUUUGCCUGCCUCAUCCCUCGCCCAAGCCUCCCACCUGGCUCCAGCUUGUCCCUCAGCCCUGACUCCUGUGAACUGCAUCCCUAACCUACAACUUACCCUUUAAGGAGGUGAGACCACAAACAGCGAAAUAGUUCAUGUUAGCCUAAUGACCUCAAAUCGACCAAUUGGUCCGAAGGCAUCACCUUGAAUGUGCGAAGAUUAGAGGAGAUUCUACAAAGGCUUACAACCAUUUCACCAAACAUCAAUUUUAAAUCUUUGGACCACACGAAUCAGAUUGUGAUCCCGCGGUACCUAUCGGUCCGAGCAGAUGUGUCCGUGCAGCUGCCCUCUUCCUCAUAAACAAACUAUUCCUUAAAAUGUCGAGUUCGCGGCCAGUGCUCUGUUCCUCACCGGUGCAGCCUUCCAUCAUUACCAAGUCUGUAACACAAUAGUAAGCUUUCACUUUAAUCUGAUUUGCGAGGGCCAGGACUAGAGUGAGGUGAACGAAGCGCCCACUCUCAGGGCUGCAAAGUGCCUUACCCGCGACCCAGCCCUGCACUUUGCACUCUAGAAAUAUCAGUUUAUGUUCUUCCUGUGAAUAAGUGUGGUUCCUCUGAUAACUCCCUGUUGUACCAAAUGUUUUAUUGCCAUCUCUUUUUUCCAUUGCUAUAAGCCUUUGUAUGCCUAUUCAUCAAAGAAUCAACAAUAUUAUCAGAAAACAUGGUUGAUUUCUAAGCAACCUGCUCCAAGUAACAAGUCCGCACCCGUUUUCAGUAGGGAUGCAGACAGAGACACCCCUUCAGCAAAAUAGUGAAUGAGCUAGAGGUCUGCCAUUGGGAUGAAUCCUCAUUCUCCUCUUUCUGCUCCAUUUUCCCCAGACCUUGCUUCCCUGCCCUAAGUCUCCUGAGUGCCUCCUAGUUUGUUCUCCUCACUAAGAAAAACAUGUUCUCAGGAAAGAGUUAAAGUCCUUUACUUUGACACCGUAAGGCUUAAUGCUACCUUUUUUGAGGUUCGCUUGCAUUAUAACAGGGGAAAAGCCCUAAGCCAAAGGAAUUCAAAUUCUGCCUGUAGAAUUCUAGGCCUCGAUUAGCCUCGAAGUGUAUUUUCCACCACAUAAGGCCAAAUUCCCCAGCAGCUAUCUCCAGAAUCUAGAAAAUACCUUAAUCUCCCGGAAUUAUUGUAUUAAAUUGCUGGUGGUUGAUUAAAUAGUCCUGAUACCCCGUCUGUUCUAGUGGACGAGAGACUAAGGGACCGCAUCUGACAAGAGGCUCAGAAAUGGCUGCUGAAAGCCACUGAGAAGGUGAAGAUCAUUCAUAUUGUACAUUAACAUUUUUACACAAAUGGAAUUAAUGCUAAUCAUUUUAGUAAAAGAACACAAGGACGCAGAGUUUGUGAAAAUGUGUCCUGUUCAUGAAAAGUGAAACUGUCCGAUCAGUGUCUGAUCCAAGUCAGUCUCUGGGUGUUGGUGGUAAUUAUUAAACUCCUGGUAUUACUGGAGGUACAACUUUACUGAACACAAGCCUCAGCUUCCCCUGCCCUUAUUUAUGUUUUGUGCUGUUACUUCAGCUUUGUGUAAGAAAGACCAGAUCUAUACAAGAGCACCUAGUCCCUCCAAAGCCUUUGCUUGUAUUUUAGCUAUAAGUCACCAAGGUCUUAGGGAUUUAAAAGGACAAGAGAGUGAGAAAGAGGUACAAAGAGCUGCCUUAGUAAAAGGGCACCAAAAAUGACAAUUUAAGCAAUGACAUGAAAUAAAGUUUUAGAAUAUUCUGAUACAGAUUUAUAUAGGAAUAUGGCAAUAAUCAGUUAUAGCCAAAUAUUUGUGGAGCUUUUCCUAAGUUUAGCAAAAAUAAAUUUGCAUAAGUAAUGGGUUUUGUGAAAUAGGAUUAUAUGUUUGUUCAGUAAAAGCUCAAAAUCAAGGCCAAUGGCUCUCAAAGUGUGAUCCCAGAAGCAGCAGCAACAGCAGCCCUGGAGUGUGUGUGUGUGUGUGUGUGUGUGUGUAUUCCAGUGAUCUUACUUCUUCAAGCCCCUGAAUCACUAUAGCCACGACUGUCCAAAUAAUUCCAAACUUUCCCACCAUAUUUUCUGUCAUUACAGCAAUUAGUCUCUGCCCAAGUGAUGUAUAUUGUCAUGUUGCUCAGGUAUCCAUUUGUUUGGUGUUAAGAAAUUACCAGAUUGAAUCAACUACUCCCUGCAAAACCCUUGAUUUGACUUAGCCAGCAUGUCUGGCCUGUUUUGAAUUUAAUUUUUUUGAAUUCACAAGUAAGAAAAAGGAAAGAAGUGUUAUGUUUGUUUGGUAUUGCCAGCCCUUAAAUACCUAUCUUCACCACAGUGGCUGUUCUCUAGGAGGGCCCUGAUUUUAAGAUUUUGACUACAUAAUAGAAUUUGAUAUCAACAGAUCCACCAACAAAAUCUGAACUGGAACAACCAGUUAACCCCCUUCAGCUUCUCUUCAUUGCCAAGCGUUAUAGAAACUUAUUGCUUAUGUGGUGUUCUGCUUUUUUUAUGUCCAAUUUUAUGAAAUGUUAUGCAUGCAAAUGCAGCAUUGUGCUCAUUGUAUAAGUCACCCCAAACUCAUUUCCUCCUCCGUAUGUGUGGUGGUAAAGAAAUACCAAUAUGUAUGUUCUUACUUCUCCUGAUCAAAUCUGUAAAUUACAAAUCUUUUCAUUAAUUUUCCAAUGAGAUCUAUUUACUCCAGCUAGUAGUUACAAUUUUAUUCUUUUUAUGAUAUUUCAUUGCUACUCUUUCCUACUGACUCCAAGGCUUACUUUGGGGAAUAUUUCUUAUUUCUAGAUUGUUGUAUUUAUCUUAUUUCUGUAUUUAUCUGUAGCCAUGGAAUGUUAGAACUGAAAGGGGCCAACCUCUCAUUUUACACAUGAGGCCCAGAAAGGUCAAAUAACUUACACAAGGUCACGCAUGCAGUGGCAGGGCCUGGCCUCAGUCCCAGGGCUCCUGCCUCUGGGGCCAGUGUGUUUUCAUUUAAAGCGCUGCAUUUCUAGAAGACCCACAGCUGGCUUCUGCAUUUAUGACACAUGGAUUUCCUGGGUAUUUCAAUGAACUAAUAUAUAUGCUUCAAGGGAAACUGCUCAAGAUUUCUUUAAUUGAAUCCAAAGACAAAUCUGAUUUUCAAUGUAGAAACAUUCUUUUCCCCUCCAAAUUCGGUAUAUGUUCCCUACUUUGUAUAUAUUUUCCCUAAAAGAAGUUUGAAAAAUGAAUUUUCAUAGAUCAAAUUCCACUUUUUUGUAGAGAAGCUUCUCGUGUAAGGGAAUCUUCUGGUGACUUCUUUUGAAAAACAAAGAAUCCUCUUCUCAAUGUCCCCCAAUGUCUCUACAUUAUUUUUAGCAUGAACUUUUGUAAUCAGUGUUUAUUUAAAGUAGGAUAAACCAAUAAAGGCUUUCCUAGAAUUUA